CCCUUUCCUCCGAGACAUCCCUCCCGACGAAACAGAAACACGUCACGUCAUUGAUCCAAGCUACCAAAGAAAGUGCAUCCUAUAGACGCCAAAGAUGGGACAACCGGGACGCCAAGUGCAAACAAAGAUCAAGUACUUCGAUGACCCCGGAGUACCUCUGGUGCCCAUGAUCAUUGGAGGCCCGGAGCCCGGCAAGCCUCAACCCAAGGUCGAGAUUCCAACGACCAUUACCGACGUCACCGGCAGAGAGGACGAGUUCACGCUGGACGUGCAGGGGUUUCACUACGUCAAGCACGAGAGUCAGGUAACAAAUUGGGACGACGAUGAAGAGAUCAAGCGGGUGAACUACCCGGAAAUGGAGAAGUUGUGCUGGAAAGUCCUCUCAGAAACCGCCAACAUGCCCAAACCUUGCUUGGUUCACAUCAUGACGCACAUCAUCCGCCGCGGUCCCAAGGACGGCGAGGGACCUAAAGGACCGGCGCCGCUGUACGGCGUUCAUGUCGACCAAUCCUUCAAAGCUGCCGAGGGUGUCGCCCAGAGAUGGCUGGGAGACAGGGCGGAAGAGCUGCUCAAGAAGCCGCGGUACCAGAUCAUCAACAUGUGGCGACCCAUUCGUCCCAUCACCCGAGAUCCUUUUGCCGUGUCCGACGCCAGAACCAUCCCCGACUCGGAUCUGGUGUUCGUGCCGGUGCGUUUCCCGGAUCACGACACCGAGGCGGUCGAGGUACGGCCGCCGACGAACUCGCCUCACAAAUGGUACUUCAAGGACAAGCAGCAGACGGACGAUGUGUUAUUCUUCAAGCAGGUAGACUCGAGCACAAAACCGGGAGUCCCGAGGAGAGUGCCUCACUGCGCCUUCAAAGAUACCGACUUGCCCGAGGGGGCCGGCGAGCCGAGGGCGAGUAUCGAGGUCAGAGCAUUCGUUUUCUACGACGAAGACUAGAUAGGCCUGUGAGCAAUCUCGGCCCGUCACAAGGGGGCACAGAAGCCAUGCCCUCUGUGUGUGCUGGAUCCCAUAGCGCAAUCUCAUACUAUCGGUUGUGCGAGUAUUGAGCCAGUUGUUUUUGGCUAUGAGCCUGCUAGAAGCGAAUGCACUGGGCGACGAUGAAAUCGAGACAGUCUAUUUACACGUAUUACUCGUCGGCAUCGCAGAGUACAUCCAUCAGUUCUCUUAGCUGGGCUGGAAUUAUUCUGGGACACAUUAGCAAAUGACGC